ACGGGCGGCGGCGGAGGCUGGAGCGCGAGCAGCGGCGGCGGCGGGGCGACGAUCUGACAGCGGAGCCACUCGUGGUCUUAACCGCCGGCGGUAAAUGGCUGAAUUCGGUCCCCAGCGAAAAACAAUGUUGCAGCGACAGAGGGAAGGAGAGCAGGCAAAACAAAAAGAGAUGUUGUUUGAAAGUAAUGUGAAAAAAAUUGAAGAGGAACGAGCGCUUUUAAACAGGCUACAGAUUGAAGAAAUGGUGGAGAAGAAGCGCUUCCAAAAAUUACUUCAGGAAGCAGAACUGGAAAAACAGACUGAAGAAGCAAUUAUAAAGUCACAAAAGAAGAGAUGUUUGAAAAUAAAACAACUGGAACAAGAGGAGAGAAUGGCCAAGGAGCUAGACAGAUUAAAGUAUGAAAAACUCAGAGAAGAAAAAAUGAGACAACAUAUCAAAGAAAAUAGCAUUGAGCUUCGUGAGUUGGAAGCCAAGCUGAAAGCUGCUUACAUGAACCGAGAACGAGCUGCUCAAAUCGCUGAAAAAGAAGCCAUCCGAUAUGAACAGAUAAAACGAGAUGCCGAGAUUUCUAAAGUGAUGAAGAAAGAGAGUGAAAGGGUUUUACAGGAGGAAAUCAAAAUAGAGCAGAAACGGCACGACGAUACUUUGAGAUAUCAGAAAGAAUUGGAACUGCAACUUAAUGAGAAGGAAAAGAAGAAACAGGAAGCUUAUGAUGAAUUCCUGAAAGAUAAGCUAAUGAUUGAUGAAAUUGUAAGAAAGAUCUACGACGAAGAUUUUAGAGAGAGGGAGCUGAAGCUGGAAAAGGUGAGGUCCACUCAAAGGUAUGUUGAGGAGUUCAAGAAGAAACGGACUGAAUGGAAACAAAUGGAACAUGAAAGAAUGGAAGAAGAAAACAGAAAAAUUCUGGAAUACGCGAAUACACAGAAACACCGAGAAGAGGACCGAAUGGCCAAAGCUCGAGAAAGGGAACAACAGAAGGAAGUCACGUACAAGAAGCUUUCUGAGGACAUCGAAAAGGAGCGUCAUGGCCGUGAAGAGAUGGAAAAAAUUCGACAAGAAUUGUAUCUUGAAGAACAAGAGGAGUUGUCCAGACAACAAGAAAUGGAACAGAUGGAAAACCAAAUCCGUCAGCGUCUUGAAAUGCAGCGGGUCUACCAGCAGCAAAUGGUUUUCAAACAGAAACUCCAGGAGGAACACAAGAAGGAGGAAGCGGAAUUACGGGAAAUCAUGCUGGCCAAGUUUGCAGAGGAUGAUCGUAUUGAGCAAAUGAAUGCACAGAAACGUCGUAUGAAACAGCUUGAACAUGGAAGGGCUGUAGAGAAGCUUAUUGAAGAUCGGCGCAACCGAUUCCAAGAAGAUCAAAAACGUGAAAUGGAACAACGCCAAGAGGAAGAGAGGCGAGAGGCAAGUCGUCAAUACAUAAUUGAGCAAGAAAGACAAAAACUUCUCAAAGAGCAUGCGAGUAAACUGCUUGGCUAUCUUCCAAAGGGUAUAUUUAGAGACGAAGAUGAACUUAACCUAUUUGACGAAAACUUCAAAGAAAAUUUCAAGAAAAGAAGCGUUGAGCUACCUUCAUGUUAAGGAUGGUUUUAAAAUGAAGAACCCAAGUAGACAAGUUUAAUAAUGGAUAUCAACUUCAACUAUUUUAUCACAACCAUUAGCCUGUGCAGAAAUCAUUUUUGGUCGUUAAUUUAACAGUGAUGAAUAUAAGAGAUUAUUACUUGAAUAAAACCAUGUGAACAACUUAAAAAUG